AUUGGGUUUGAGAAGCUUAGGAAAAUGAAGUUGCCGGAUAUUACAAAGUCUAUUGUGGACAUGACUAUUGGGUUGAAGGAAUGCAAAGAAAAGUGCAAUAGGAAUUGCAAUUGUACUGCAUUUGCUAACCCGGAUAUGCAAAAUAGCUGUGUGAUUUGGGUGGGAGAAAUCAUAGAUCUUCGGAAGAGCAUGAUUGCCGGUCAAGAUCUAUUUGUUAGAUUGGCUGCCACUGAUAUCUCGGUGACAAAUUCAAACAAAAAUACAAGAAAAAUGAGUGCAAAAAGCAUAAUGUUGAUUAUUGGAAUCUGCAUUGUGUUUCUUCUGGGUGUCAUUUUCAUAUUGUUCUGUUUCUGGAAAAGAAAGAAGAGGAUUCCAACAAGAACCGUUGCACCACCUAUUGGGAAUUUACAAUGUGUACCGAUGGAGCUAGUAAAGGUUGUCAAGGCCACAGAAAACUUUUCUGAUUGCAACAAGAUAGGAAAAGGUGGUUACGGUAUUGUUUACAAGGGGAUUUUACCAGACGGGCAAGCAAUCGCAGCUAAAAGGCUGUUGGUGAGAUCAGCUCAUGGGAUCGAAGGUUUCACCAACGAGGUGAAUUUGAUCGCCAGCGUUCAACAUGUCAACCUCGUCCAGCUAAUCGGAUACUGCUUUGAGGGAGAGGAGAUGAUUCUACUCUUUGAACUAAUGGAGAAUUCCAGUCUCGAUACGUAUAUUUUCGACAAAACCAAAAGCUAUAAGAUUGAUUGGGAGAAGCGAUGGGAUAUAACUAAUGGUAUUGCUCGGGGACUUUUAUAUCUUCAUCAAGAUUCUCGGUAUCGGAUCCUCCACAGGGACCUGAAACCGAGCAACAUCUUGCUUGACAAAGAUAUGGUACCAAAAAUCUCCGACUUUGGGAUGGCUAAGCUAUUUGCAAGGGAUGAGACAGAAGCUACUAGUACAACGAAUAUGGUCGGAACUUUCGGCUAUAUGCCUCCCGAAUACGCGAUAGAUAGGAUAUGCUCUGUCAAAUCAGACGUUUUCAGUUUUGGAGUCUUGCUUCUCGAAAUAAUCGCUGGAAAGAGAAACAACGAAUUCUUAUACUACAACGAAGAAAGCCUUCUUUUCUAUGCGAGUCUGACAAAUCAAGUUAUAUGGAAGCUCUGGUUGGAAGGAAAAGGGCUCGAUAUUGUAGAUCCUGUUAUCGUUGAUUCAUCAUCAACAUUUCGACCAAGUGAGGUUCUAAGAUGCAUCCAUAUUGGUCUCCUGUGUGUUCAAGAAACUAAAGAUAAUAGACCGCUGAUGUCGUCUGUUAUGUUGAUGCUCACAAGCGAUAAAACAGAGAUGAAUCAGCCUGAACGUCCUGGUUCUUUCGUCAUUCGAAAUCGUUUUGUGAUUGGUUCCUCAUCAUCAAACCAGCCAAACAAAGAAACUUGCACGCCGUUCGAUAUAGCCGACUGGACGCCCGUUAGUGCUGGGUAA